CGCAAUAUAAACUUUCCAUUCAAUUGUGGAAUUUCAUUUUGUUUAUCACACUUUCUGGAAUCGUCUUCUUAAUUCAAUUGACUAAUUUUUUAUGGUUUUACCGUUUUUCCAGUUUAUACAUAAAGUCAGUAAUGUUUGGAUUCCUAAAUAUAAAUUGAAGUAUGCAACGGUGAAACAAUUUUUAAGCUGUGCAAAAGCGAAGAUGGCGAAACAUGACUUAGCUUCAAUGAGAGUUGACUAUAAGCUUGGAACACGGUUGGACAUAGAAAACCUUCAGUCCACCGAUCCGAUGAGAUUGUUUGGUCGAUGGUUUGAAGAAGCCAAGAACUGUGAUAAAAUAGAGGAAGCUAAUGCAAUGACCAUUGCAACUUGUACCAGGGAAGGCAAACCUUCAGCUAGAGUUGUUCUUCUGAAAGGUUUUGAUCAGAGGGGAUUCAUAUUCUAUACAAAUUAUGAGAGCAGGAAGGGAAAAGAACUGGAAGAAAAUCCUUAUGCUGCCUUGGUAUUUUUAUGGCAGCCACUUCGAAAACAAAUUCGAGUUGAAGGAAAAGUAUGUAAACUGAGUGUUGAAGAAUCUGCUAGUUAUUUCCACUCCCGACCUGUUGGCAGUCAGAUUGGUGCUUGUGUGAGUCGUCAGAGCUUACCAAUUCAUAGUAGACAGGUACUACUUGAUAAAGAGAAAGAACUGAUGGAUAAAUUUGGAAAAAAAGAAAAAGUCCCUCUUCCUGAAUAUUGGGGAGGCUAUUGCAUAUAUCCAAGUAAUAUCGAGUUUUGGCAAGGUCAAAGUAAUCGACUGCAUGACAGAAUACAAUUUCGAAGAAAAGAGGAAAAUGAUUUACUCGAAAAUGUAGAAUGUUGGAAAGAGGGAGAAAAUGGGUGGAUUUACUCACGAUUGUCGCCGUAAUCAAAUUUAUUAAUGUCUUAAAUUUGUCUGUAGCUACAGUACAUCAAGUUUUUGGGCGAGAAUUUAAUAUAUUUUACUGACAGAAAUAGCCUAAAUAUGAAGUUCAAUUAUUUUAAACGGAGCAAAUAGUUUCAUACUUUCAUUCAUUUAACUUCUAUAAACCGUAUUUCUCAUGGACUGACGCGGAUUAUUUUUAAUUUUAACGAAGGAUAAAUUUUUUUUCAAAUUAUCAUUGAUAGCUAUUGAUAAUACGUAAUAGCUAUUGGUUUUUCAUCAUAGUUCAAACCUAAUGAAAAUUAUGAUUUCAAUUUUCAGUAACUUAUUACAA